AUGCAAGUGUGCUCACGUGAUGCCUUGUCCCAAAAGAAAUGUGGUCCCUGCUCUGGCCAAGUGGCAGCCUUGGAUAUUGCAACCACCAAGGCCCAACUGGCCGAACUCCAAGAAGGAUGGUAUUUGACGCACAAUGACCAACGAAUUCGAAAGGAUUGGAAGGUUCGAAAUUUCAAAGUGGGAAUGGCCUUUUUGCAGCAAGUGGGAGAUAUUGCCGAAGAAGAAGGUCAUCAUCCAGAUUUCCAUUUGGAAGGCUAUCAAUAUGUCGCCAUUGAAAUAUGGACCCAUUCCAUUGGGGGAUUGAGUGAAAAUGAUUUCAUAUUGGCGGCCAAGAUUGAUCAAGUACCAGUGGAGUUAUCCAAGAAACAACCAAAGCGAAAAGUAGAAGAGAGUAUUAAUAGCAGUUAG